CAGUUGCGAGCUCAGCCUGUUGCUCAUAACCUUCACGGAGAGCAUGCAGACAGACGUUACAGUACCACCGCCGUGACAGUGGAGUAGAGAGCGGAACAUUUCACAGUCUCUGGUAAGACUGUUUACCUCCGGAGGGGUGAGGAGGAUUCGCAGUUUGAGUUCAGGAUGGAGACGUAUGAUGAGAAAAACACUUGUGGGAUGAUUUGUCUGAAAUAUCUGCUAUUGACCUUUAACCUACUCUUCUGGCUGGCAGGUGGAGUGGUGAUGGCGGUGGGGGUGUGGACCCUCGUAGAGAAGAGUGACUACAUCAGCCUCCUCAACUCCACCUUCUACUCUGCCUCUGCCUACAUCCUCAUAGCUGCCGGGGCUAUCGUUGUCUUCACUGGGAUCGUAGGCUGCUGUGCCACCCUCAAGGAGAUGAGAAGUCUGCUAAUAGUGUAUUUCUUCCUGCUACUCUGUAUCUUCUUGCUGGAGAUUGUAGCUGGAGUCCUGGCCUAUAUCCAGUAUCAGGAGUGUUUCCCUUUCUGCCAGCAGCUGGAUAAGGAGCUGCAACACAACCUGAAGGAGACCAUGGUUCAGAAAUACCAGCAGUCUGGAGAGGAGAGCAUCACCAGUGCAGUGGACAAGCUGCAGCAGGAGUUUAAGUGUUGUGGUAGUAACAGCUCGUCAGACUGGUCAGACAGUGUGUGGAUCCUGACACCUAGCAACGAGAGACUGGUCCCAGACAGCUGCUGCAAGACACCCAGUAACCUCUGUGGCCGCAGAGACCACCCCUCUAAUAUCUACAAGGUGGAGGGAGGGUGCAUCACUAAGCUGGAGACCUUCAUUCUGAGCCAACUGCAGAUCCUGGGAGCAGUGGCGAUCGGCAUCGCCUUCCUCCAGCUCGUAGGGAUGAUUCUUGUUUGCUGCCUGUAUCGAGGUCUGAAGGAGGAGUCAUACUGAGCAUCGCUGAUGGCACAACUCCAACAGCAAGAAGACAACAACAACACAACCACAACAACAACAUAUUUACCAGUAUUUAGAUAUGCUUUCUCUCUGUCUCGGACGCUACAUACGUCUCCUGUAGAUAUGUGGAAUGAAAGUCAUUUUUUUUUCAAAGACAAAUUUAAUCUAUGUUGAAGUUUAGGUAAGGCAGGCAGCAGGAAACAGGCAGACAGGCAGACAGGCAAAGAGGCAAUCAGACAGGCAGGGAAAGAGGUAGGCAGACAGGCAGACAGGCAAAGAGGCAGGCAGACAGGCAGGCAAAGAGGUAGGCAGACAGACAGACAGGCAAGCAGUCAGACAGGCAGGCAAAGAGGCAGACAGGACGGUUGCAGCAGACGGACAGACAGACAUGCUGUGGGACAGCCAGACAGACAGACAGCCAGACAGACAGCCAGACAGACAGACAGACAGACAGCCAGCCAGACAGCCAGACAGACAGACAGACAGACAGACAGACAGACAGACAGACAGACAGACGCACAGACAGACGCACAGACAGACGCACAGACAGACGCACAGACAGACAGACAGACAGAUAGCUGCGGGGACAGACAGCCAGACAGACAGCCAGACAGGAAGGGAGAUGAGCUGUGGGGACAGACAGCCAGACAGGAAGGAAGACAAGCUGUGGGACGGCAGUGUUAUAGAGUUGGAUAGCGUCUAGCCUGUAUUGUAUGAGUUUCUAUUCCAUGUUUUAUUUUCUCUUCCUGCCAUAGUCUAUUCUUAGGUAGAUGCUGGUCUAUUCUGCCUUGGGUAGAUGCUGGUCUAUUCUGCCAUGGGUAGAUGCUGGUCUAUUCUGCCAUGGGUAGAUGCUGGUCUAUUCUGCCUUGGGUAGAUGCUGGUCUAUUCUGCCUUGGGUAGAUGCUGGUCUAUUCUGCGUUGGGUAGAUAGAUGCUGGUCUAUUCUGCCUUGGGUAGAUGCUGCUCUUCUGCCUUGGGUAGAUGCUGGUCUAUUCUGCCUUGGGUAGAUGCUGCUCUUCUGCCUUGGGUAGAUGCUGGUCUAUUCUGCCUUGGGUAGAUGCUGGUCUAUUCUGCCUUGGGUAGAUGCUGGUCUAUUCUGCCUUGGGUAGAUGCUGGUCUAUUCUGCCUUGGGUAGAUAGAUGCUGGUCUAUUCUGCCUUGGGUAGAUAGAUGCUGGUCUAUUCUGCCUUGGGUAGAUAGAUACUGGUCUAUUCUGCCUUGGGUAGAUAGAUGCUGGUCUAUUCUGCCUUGGGUAGAUAGAUGCUGGUCUAUUCUGCCUUGGGUAGAUAGAUGCUGGUCUAUUCUGCCUUGGGUAGAUGCUGGUCUAUUCUGCCUUGGGUAGAUAGAUGCUGGUCUAUUCUGCCUUGGGUAGAUAGAUGCUGGUCUAUUCUGCGUUGGUAGAUGCUGGUCUAUUCUGCCUUGGGUAGAUGCUGGUCUAUUCUGCCUUGGGUAGAUGCUGCUCUUCUGCCUUGGGUAGAUGCUGGUCUAUUCUGCCUUGGGUAGAUGCUGGUCUAUUCUGCCUUGGGUAGAUGCUGGUCUAUUCUGCCUUGGGUAGAUGCUGGUGGAUUUCAACAUGUACAGAGCCUUCAGAAAGUAUUCAAACCCCUUGACUUAUACCACAUGUUGUUGUGUUACAGCCUGAAUUCAACAUGGAUUAAAUAUUAAAUAAAUAUAUUUUCCUCAUCAAUCUACACACAAUACCACAUAAUGAUGAACUGAAAACAUGUUUUUGGAAAUGUUGAAUUUUUUUUUGUUGAAAAUUAAAUACAAAAAUAUCUCAUUUACACAAGUAUUCACA